UCUUAGUGUACUAAUUGCUCGCUAUAAGCUAGGUUAUUGCGCCCCUAAACCAACGUACUGACAACGCUACCUCCCCGGAACUCAAACUUUAACCGGGCAUGACUUGGUACAUCCAGUGACCCAGCAAAAAGUAGCCUCGGUACAGCCAGAAGUAGCAACAACUCGCAAAAGGGGAUCCUUGUCUGACUGGUGGCUGGACCACUAAGUCACCAUCAAAUUAGAUCUAGAAAUAUCUUGUUUGGACAUACCGGUACCUCAGUCCUCAAAGUGAAAUGUCGGCCUCCAACUUCAACUUCGAGAACUCCCUGAAUGAAGUGAGCAAGCUGGAUGCACCGCUUCAGCGAGGUCCGUUAAUGAGAUGGCAGAGGAAAGCAUUGGAGCAAGGACGAAAACAAAGUGAAAUCAAAUGUGGGAAUAGUCGCAAUGCACUGACACCCCUCCAGUCAACCAACACCAGAACGCCUGGAAAGUCAGGAGAGAGGUCGGCUGGCACUAAGAAAACACCAAGCAAAUCAAAGACGCCCAACAAAUCACAAGAUAGAUUCAUUCCCAACCGAGCCACAACAGACUUCAGCCGAGCCCAUUUCAUAAUGACCAACUCAGAAAAUGAGAACCCUGAUGACUCCACUGAGCCUGAUUAUCAGCAGAAACUGAGUGAGGCGAUGGGCAAUCAGAACCAAGAAGGCAGCAAGAUUCUCUCAUUCAAACAGAAGGCUCCUCCUGUCCCAGAAGGUUAUCACAGUCAGCUCAAGGUUCUCUACAGCUCGAGCAAGUCCAGUGUGACCAAAUGUUCGAGCUUGAGGCAUAUCCCACAGACCUCUGAAAGAAUACUGGAUGCUCCUGAACUAGUCAAUGAUUAUUAUCUAAACUUGAUCGACUGGUCAUCAAACAAUCACCUGGCCGUUGGACUUGCCAACCUUGUCUUCAUCUGGAACGCUAGUGACAGCAGCACCUCACAGCUGUUUGAGUUAGAAGGCCCGGAGGAGUACAUCACAUCGGUCAAGUGGAUCAAGGAGGGAAGCUUCAUCGCCGUGGGGGAUAGCAGUGGGAACGUCCAGCUGUGGGAUGUCGGUCAGAAUAAGAAAAUCAGGACGAUGGGUGGUCAUGCGUCGCGGGUUGGGUCGCUCUCUUGGAAUUCUUACAUCCUCUCCAGUGGGUCGAGAUCAGGUGCCAUCCACCAUCAUGACGUACGAGUGGCUGAGCAUCACGUGGCUACCCUCGACCAUCAUGUCCAGGAAGUGUGUGGCUUGGCGUGGUCUCCCGACGGCAGACAUCUUGCUAGUGGCGGCAAUGACAACGUCCUCAAUAUUUGGGAUGCAAGCCUUGGCCAGGAUGUGACACCUGUUCAUACAUUCACAGCUCAUGACGCUGCAGUUAAGGCGGUAGCCUGGUGUCCGUGGCAACCUCAGCUCCUUGCCAGUGGUGGUGGGACCGCUGACCGAACCAUCUGUAUUUGGAAUGUUGACACAGGAAUGAAAGUCUCCAGCACCAAUACAGGAUCACAGGUGUGUGCCUUGUUGUGGUCUCCCAUCUACAAGGAGCUGAUGUCUGGUCACGGCUUCAAUCUCAAUCAGCUGACCAUCUGGAAGUAUCCGGCCAUGACGAAAGUAGCAGAACUUAUGGGACAUGAAGAUCGUGUCCUUGGACUAUGCACUUCUCCAGAUGGCACUACUGUAGCUAGUGCUGCUGCCGAUGAAACAAUCCGUCUCUGGAAAUGUUUUGAACCUGAGAAGACAACAAGCAAGAGCAAAUCCACUAAGAAUUCUAAAGGAAGUACUAGUGUUCUCCAGAAAAGUUUACGAUAAAAAAAACUGUUUGAAACUAAGUCUAGAAUGAGUAUUAGUGAAAGUACCUCUGUUCCCUGAGCUUCAUGAGGAUUGAUAGGCCCCUGCAGGCGUGGCGGCUUUCUUGUGAUAAUGACAAUAGUAAAUAUGUACUCUGAGAAUUUCCUGUGUGACAACUUGUGUUGUAAAACACAAAAACGAUGAAAACAAUCGUAAGUGUACUCAUCUGUAUGUUUCUGCCGAUUGUAUCGUGUACAUCAGCAUAGAGAUGGAAGCUUUGGCUUUCGAUCAAACUGCGUUACCUUCAAAAUGUCAUCAAGACACAAUGGGUGUCGUGGUUGUGACUUUGUCCCAGCUGAGAACAACCAAAGGUUUCUCCUGUUACAUAUGUUCUUGUUUCACUGUUGUUACUUGUUUAAACAUUACGCAUUUAGUUCAGCAUUUAUUUUGGCACGUUUUCUUUUUGCCUUCUUUAUAAUAAACCACAUGGCAGGGUGUAUAGCCUUCGUUGUGGCGAGUCGUAACAUUGGGAGGUAACUCUCAUUGUCCCUUGUACUACAAAGAUGAAGGCCGAUCCUUGACAUUUGCCAAAUGGCCUUCAUUCUCUUCUGUUUCUGUCACAUUUUUGUCCUCAACUUUCAAUGGUUUGUAGAAACAAGCCAUCAAAAUUCGCUGUAUGAGAUCUUCCCUUAUCUGGGAUGUUUGAAUAGCCAUAAUAUAAACAAACUAAAUCAACAUCUACAAUUUGUCAAAUAUAUUUUUUAUUCUUCAGUCCGCUUGUACGUCUUGAGGUGCCUGAAUUU